AUGGCAUCACCACAAAGAGAAGGAUUCACUAUCCCCACAUCGAUAUCACACGCUGCUUCAGCUCAAGUAACCAACAAGUCGCUUGGUGUCAAAUACAACUGUGCCCAAUGUGCCGCUUCAUUUUCGUUGGGUAAGAAUGAUGCUAUUAGAUGUAAGGAAUGUGGACAUCGUGUUAUUUAUAAAGCUAGGACAAGAAGAAUGGUUCAGUUUGAAGCUAGGUAG